AUGUGGAUGAACAUCGCGAUUUAUUGUAUUGUAAUACAUUUACUAACACCGGGGAAAACUCAUCUCCCGGAAAACGCGGUGACACCAUCGAACAAAAUUGAUCAAUUCUGUCAACUUGCCGAGACAUGUAUCCACGAUACUAUUCCCAUAUGUGGCACCAACGGUGAGAAGAAAAGAACUUUCAUGGAUUUGUGCGACUUACUAGAAUACGCCUGCGAUACAAAUGAAGUUUACAACCACGUCGAUGACAUGCCUGAUUGUCCAGUAUUCAAAAAUAAAUAA